AUGACCACUUACCCCACCAUCCAGCUGCCUCAGCCGUAUCUUAUCGAUAAGAUAAAGCUAUCACUCCGAGGCGGAGCUUGGGGCACUUACAGGCUUACUUACCUGAGAGCUCCACGACCACCCAUCAUGCACAUCAUCAACACGGUGAACGCCAAUCAAGCAUUCGAUCACAUCAAGCUCAAGAAACACGAUGUUAGUCAAUAUUCUAGCUUCGGUCUUGACGAGCUGGCAUUGGUCCAGCCGGACUUUGCGGUCUUUAAUGUAACAGACAAGAUGACGGAAGUUCGCUUUGACCCUUGGGAUUCGAGCAAAAUGCGAAUGUUCGGCUAUGCUCAGGCCUCCCGUCUCGUCUGCUAUUUCCAUGUGGCUACAUACUGGAAUUGUGAUGAAGUUGAGAACUGCCAAGUGGAACUAGUUCGGGAGAUGGCCGUCCAUGAUCCACGGUUCAAUCGAUGGUACAAAUCAGCGGGAGAUGAGCAAAAGAUCACGGGGUUCCUGGCAAUGAUCCUUUCCGAAACGAAUCACUGGGCGUCCCUGGUAGAUCACAUUCGAACAGCAACUCUUGGCAAUGUGGAAAUCCGUGAGCCUCCAAGUUGCUGGGUCAAGUGGCUCCAACAAACGACACACGUCAUGGCAUUUUCGGAUAUCGCCAGUCCCGGGUCAAUUAUUCGCGUACUUCCAUCAUGGAUUCACCCCGCCUCCGCAAUGGGCGGCCGGUCCGGCUCCGAGAUGUUUCGAUAUCGUCCCAACGAGAAAAAAAGAAUCAGACCGAAGUCUGCCGGCCUUGCGACGGCAGUAGAGUUUCAUGGUCAACGACGCACGACCAAGGACAUGUUUGGGCCAAGAGAAAAUGCACUUUGCAUUGGCCAAGUUGGUUUGCGAACGCGAACCAGUCAACCGAAUCCGAACUUGAUGUAA